GCUAGCGCGAAGGGGACUGGGGGGCUCGGGCUGGGGGCGCGGCCUGCGCGAGCCGCCCCACCCUUCUUGCAUAAAAGGCUGAGCUCUCUGGGCCGCCGCUCUUAGCCGGUCGAUUCCCGAGCGCUUUCCCGGUGACCCCGCAGAGGGAGUGUAAGGGAGGACGGACAGACUGACCAGACGCCGACCGGGGCCAAAAGAAGCUAGCUAGCACCAUGCGUGAGAUCGUGCACAUCCAGGCGGGCCAAUGCGGCAACCAGAUUGGAGCCAAGUUUUGGGAGGUGAUCAGUGAUGAGCAUGGGAUCGACCCCACUGGCAGUUACCAUGGAGACAGUGAUUUGCAGCUGGAGAGAAUCAAUGUGUACUACAAUGAAGCCACUGGUAACAAAUACGUACCUCGGGCCAUCCUCGUGGAUCUGGAACCAGGCACGAUGGACUCAGUCAGGUCUGGACCAUUCGGCCAGAUCUUCAGGCCCGACAACUUCGUGUUUGGCCAGAGCGGGGCAGGGAACAACUGGGCAAAGGGCCACUACACGGAGGGAGCUGAACUGGUAGACUCAGUCCUGGACGUGGUGAGGAAGGAGUCAGAGAGCUGUGACUGCCUGCAGGGCUUCCAGCUGACCCACUCGCUGGGGGGCGGCACGGGGUCCGGGAUGGGCACACUGCUCAUCAGCAAGAUCCGGGAAGAGUAUCCCGACCGCAUCAUGAACACCUUCAGCGUGAUGCCCUCGCCCAAGGUGUCCGACACGGUGGUGGAGCCCUACAACGCCACGCUCUCCGUCCACCAGCUGGUAGAAAACACAGAUGAAACGUACUGCAUCGACAACGAGGCGCUGUACGACAUCUGCUUCCGCACCCUGAAACUGACCACCCCCACGUACGGAGACCUCAACCACCUGGUGUCGGCCACCAUGAGCGGGGUCACCACCUGCCUGCGCUUCCCGGGCCAGCUGAACGCAGACCUGCGCAAGCUGGCCGUGAACAUGGUGCCCUUCCCGCGCCUGCACUUCUUCAUGCCCGGCUUCGCCCCGCUCACCAGCCGGGGCAGCCAGCAGUACCGCGCCCUGACGGUGCCCGAGCUCACCCAGCAGAUGUUCGACUCCAAGAACAUGAUGGCCGCCUGCGACCCCCGCCAUGGCCGCUACCUGACGGUGGCCGCCAUCUUCCGGGGCCGCAUGUCCAUGAAGGAGGUGGACGAACAGAUGCUCAACGUGCAGAACAAGAACAGCAGCUACUUCGUGGAGUGGAUCCCCAACAACGUGAAGACGGCCGUGUGCGACAUCCCGCCGCGCGGCCUGAAGAUGUCGGCCACCUUCAUCGGCAACAGCACGGCCAUCCAGGAGCUGUUCAAGCGCAUCUCGGAGCAGUUCACGGCCAUGUUCCGGCGCAAGGCCUUCCUGCACUGGUACACGGGCGAGGGCAUGGACGAGAUGGAGUUCACCGAGGCCGAGAGCAACAUGAACGACCUGGUGUCCGAGUACCAGCAGUACCAGGACGCCACUGCCGACGAACAGGGGGAGUUCGAGGAGGAGGAGGGCGAGGAUGAGGCUUAAGUUCACAAUUUAACACAUGUUAGGGAAAGUUGAUGAGGAAAGCAUGGGGGAGGGGGGCUUACUGGUGAUAUUUUACUGGUGAAAAUACCUUGGCAGUUGAAGGAAAGAAGCAUGGUCUGCUCUAGGUGUGCGCGCUGGUUCUCUGGUGCUCUUCACUGUUGCCUGUCAUUUUUUUCUUUUUGUAAUACUGAUAACAUCAAUGUAACACUUGAGAUAUUUCUGAACUACUGUUGUAAUGGCUAAAAUCACAUAAAUAUUUGUGUC